AUAAAUUGUUUUCCGCAGAACUGCACAUUCGUUGUCUUUUUCGCCGUAGCGCCACGGCUUUUGUUUGAUAUUCAAAUAAAAUAUUACCUUUUCAAGAAAAUUAAAUUCAAAUUUAGAAUAUCUUGAUUUUGAGGGAAUAAAAACUUUGAAAAUUUCCUCAAAAGUUAUAAAACUGGCGCACUCAGGACCAAAACCUAAAUGGAAAUGUUGCUGUUUUUCCUGUGGGUCUUAACGGUAGUGGCUGCAGAUGUUCCUUCAGGCGAACAACUACUGCUGUUUAAGCAAAGACAACCAGAACCCGUUGGAAUACUCACUCGUGACAAUGGAGCACCCGUCGACUUCACGGAAGCCAACUUUUCACUGAACAUAAGCAGCCUCAUCAACCAUGAAUACUUCAUGGAUACCAUUACCCAUUUAAGUAGAGAACGGAUCCCAGAGAGAGUCGUUCACGCCAAAGGUGCAGGAGCGUUCGGCUUUUUCGAGGUCACCCAUGACAUUUCUGACAUCUGCAAAGCUGAGCUAUUCGAUGGAGUCGGUAAGACGACUCCUAUCGCAAUCAGAUUUUCAGCAGUCGCGGCAGAUAGAGGCAGAAAUGACCUUGUAUCUGAUGCCAGAGGGUUCGCAGUGAAGUUUUACACCAAGGCAGGCAAUUUUGACAUCGUCGGUUUGAACACUCCCGUUUUCGUCCUAAAAGAACCGUUGGGCUUCCCAAAUUUCGUUCAUGUAAACGGUAGAAACCCAGCAACGAAUUUGUUCGACAACAAUAUGAUGUGGGAAUUUAUCACUUACUACCCGGAGAGCUUGUUUCUAUUCCUAUACAUUUUCAGUGGUUUUGGAACACCAUAUAGCUACAGAUAUAUGCCAGGUUUUUCCAUCCAUACGUAUCAAGUUGAAAAUAGCAUUGGGGAUACACACUUCAUUCGUUUCCAUAUUAUCCCAGAUCUUGGAGUUAAAAACUUAUCACCAGAAGAAAGUUUCAAAAUCGGAGCCGUCGAUGGAGAUUUUUACACUCGAGACUUGUAUGAUGCGAUAGGAGAGGGAAACUUUCCUUCUUGGAGUGUCAGUAUACAAGUUCUAAGUCAAUAUGACGUGGAACAUGCUGAUUUUGAUGUGUUCGAUACUACUAGGUUGUUACCUGAGGAUAAGUAUCCUCUACGGCCCUUAGGUCGAAUAGUUUUGGAUAGGAACCCGGUGAAUUACUUUGCUGAAAUUGAGCAAAUAGCUUUUUGUCCUAGCAACUUAGUACCUGGUAUAUUAGGUGCACCGGAUAAACUGUUUGAAUCUAGACGUUUGAGUUAUCGAGACACCCAGUACUAUCGAUUAGGAGCGAACUUCAAGAAGAUUCCCGUGAAUUGUCCUUAUAGAAGUAAAGUCUUCACUUACGAACGAGACGGGAGACCAACAUUCGACAGCAAUGGUAAAGAUGCACCGAAUUACUAUCCUAAUUCCUUCUUUGGACCUGUGCCUCGCGUGACUUGUUCUAAUACUAGGCUUUUGGAGAUCAAACAGGAUCCAGCUUACAACUUUGAUCAAGCUGCUCAGCUCAUCAAUGACAUGUCAGAGGAACAACGGAAUAAUCUUGUCACAAAUAUUCUCCAAAGUCUGGGAACAGUUACGAGGUUGGUACAAGAGAGAGUUAUUCAAUUGAUUUCCUCCGUUAAUCCAAAAAUUGGUGAGAAAAUAGCUGUACAAAUAUACUUAAACCGAACAUUGAUCGACAAAUUACACUAACUCAAUAUUUUAUGAAAACUUUUUAUGAAUAGGAGGUAACAUUGUUAAACGUAUUAAAAGGCACCUAAAUAAACAAAUAAUAUGGUCUGGUUUGA